AUGGAUACAUUGAAGCAGAUCAUCACCUUAGGCCAGCUCGUGUACAAUCAGUGUGAAGAAAUGAAGUGCUGCCGGCACCAAUGCCAGCGCCUGGGAAAUCGCAUCCAGCAUCUGCUGAAGCCUCUGCAGAUGCUCCAGGACCAAGGAGAGAAGAACCUGUCCGUACAGCUAACCGAUGCCCUGCACCAUUUCCAGACAAUCCUAGAAGAAGCUAAGAUGAGGAUAGAAAAGUUCAGCAAUAAAUCCAAUAUCCUGAAAUUUCUAAAGGCCAGGGAUGACAAAAUACUCUUUAGUGCCUUGAACAAGCGACUGGAAGAUGUCUCGCAGGAGCUCUUGCUGGUGCUUCAGGCUGAUCAACGGAAGCUUAUUUUAAACACCCUUCAUAGAGGGUCCUGGCAAGAGGAGGAUCAGCAGGAUGCAAAGGAAGACAUGGGUGCGUUUUGAAGAGUGGAGAGGCAAAUGGGAGAAAAUAUAGAAUUUUUGCUAAGGCAACUAGAAAAGAACAUUGAAACCUUGAGACAAUACUUACAGAAACCCAUGAAACAGCUCCCACAAGAACAGAUCAAGGAGAUUAAGAAGGAACAGCUCCUAGGUGCUCCAUGGAUAGAGCUAAGGAAAAAUGAAUACAGCACACUGUAUAAAGGAGAAUACAGCAAAUGUCCAGUAACCAUAAAAGUCUUCAACAACUCCCAGUCCAGCAUUGGACUAGUGAGGAGUACAUUCAAAAAUGAGAUCAGAACCAUGAAGAAAUUUGAUUCUCCCAACAUCCUGCGUAUAUUUGGGAUCUGCAUUGAUGAAACAGAGAAGCCCACUAAGUUCUGCAUCAUCAUGGAGCACUGUGACCUGGGGACCUUGAGGGAGCUGCUGGAUAAGGAACAGAAUCUCGAAUUUGGUGUGCGCAUCUUCCUAGCCCUGGGGGCAGCCAGAGGCUUGUACAGGCUGCACCAUUCUGCAGAACCGGAACUCCACAGAAACAUCAGCAGCACGAACUUCCUGGUCACAGGAGGCUACCACGUGAAGCUUGCAGGAUUUGAAUUGACCAAAACGCAGACUUCCAUCAGUGGGCAAGUUAAGGAAAAAAGAGCAGAGAGAGUCAAUUCUACAGCAUACUUCUCACCCCAGGUUCUGAAAAAUGUGUUUCAUAAAUAUGACGUAAAGGCUGAAAUAUACAGCUUUGGAAUCGUCCUCUGGGAAAUCGCCACUGGGAAUAUCCCAUUUCAAGGCUGUGGGUCAAGGAAGAUCCAAGAGCUGGUGAAGUCAGGAGGGUGCCCGGAGCCGCUGGGUGACGACUGCCCUUCAGAGCUGCAGGAGGUCAUCGAUGGGUGCCAAGCCUACGAGCCUGCAGAGCGGCCCUCUGUGGAUGGUUACCCGGCUUGA